AUGGCUGAGUCCAGUGGCAACAAUGAGGCGAGGGCUGCAAAGGAAGAGCUUCCUCCUCUGACGGACCAUGAGUUCAAGAACUAUAACCGUCUUGCCGAGAGAAUGGAGAUGUUUCACAACAACUUCCGCCGUUCAUGGAACAUCCUCUGGCAAGCCUGCACCACUGGCCGUCGUCCUCAGGGCAUGUCCAUCAAGCAACUCCUCAACAUCGGCACCGAGUUUGCUGAGCAUCUCACCAUACAUCAUUCCAUCGAGGAGACUUACUUCUUUCCCCGACUAGCCCAGCGGAUGCCUGAAUUUAACCCCAAGAAUGGCGACCUGGUGAAGCAGCAUGCCCAGAUCCACGAGGGCCUGGAAGGAUUUGAAAAGUACCUGAAGGAAGUAAAGAGCGGCGAGAGGGACUUUGAUUUGAGCGUUUUGAAGGAGAAGAUGGAGAGCUGGGGAGGCGUGCUGUGGGCGCAUUUGGACGAGGAGGUGAGGUCGUUGGGGGCAGAGAAUAUGAGAAAGUUUUGGACAUUACAGGAGAUCCGGCGGUUCCAAAUGUGA